AUGAGCCAGCUUACAUCAAAAUUUCACACCAUUAUCGUUGACGGUCGGAGUCGGUGUAAAAUAAAUGCUCCGCACGAAAAUUUGCUUCAAUUGACCCGAGUUUCUCGAUUAACCCCCGUCUCUCACUUUCAAAAUGUCUCUACCUUUACUUUUUCAAGUAAAUCUCGUCUAAGCUAUCGGCCMGGCGAUAUCCUCAAAAUAUAUCCUAAAAACAGCGACGAAGAUGUUCAGUAUGUCCUUUCUUUUUUUGGAAUUGAUAAUUUGAGGGACGAGCUAAUAUCGGAAAUCACUUCCCUGAGACCCGAUGCUACCAUUCCGACGCAUGUCAACAGACUUUUAAAGACCAGGGAGACCCUCUCUGUGGAGGACUUUCUAAAAUCCAUUGUGCACAUCUCAAAUUGUAGCCCGGACCAGGUAUUUUUCGAAAAUCUCUACAUGCUCCUAAAGCCACUUUUGGGACGAGUUCCUACGGUCGAUUUGUGGAUAGAAAAGUUCAGGGAAUUGUCAGAAGAUUACGAGGAAUACCUGUAUUAUUGCUAUAGACCAAAAAGGCGAAUCAUAGACAUCCUUCACGAAUUUUCCGUUUCUUCCGAGUUUUCACCAAACAUGCUUGGUGAUGGGUUGUCUGUCGAUUGCCUCUUUGAAAUAUUUCCUUGGAUUGUGCCCCGCCAAUUUUCCAUUUCCUCUGCAAUGGAGAAAAACCCACAUGAUGUAUCGAUUACAGCAGCCAUUGUGGAGUAUCCUAUUGGCCGGUCUGUUAAAAGGGGAUAUUGUUCCGCCUUUUUGGAGUCUUUGAACGUAGGCUCCCAUAUUGUGGGGCAUCUGGAAGCCAAUGUUUCUGCCCUUACAUUCCCCGGUUUUACGUUGGGGGAAAUCGUAUCCCCAAUCAUCCUUCUAUGCUCCGGCACCGGAAUAGCCCCGAUGAGAGCAUUUCUUGAGCUUUGCUAUGUCAAAAUGCUGGAAAAUUCACUCCCGCCAAUCAAAAUAUACCUGGCGUUUGGUUGCAGAUACCGACAAAAAGAUGCGCUGUAUUUGGACAGUGAAGAGUUUUUAUCGCUCAUUAGACACGGAAUUCUUACGCUCUUUUGUAAGGGCUCCAGAGACGGGCCCCAACAUUUGCCAAAGAUAUAUCUUCAGAACAUAAUAACCGAGAAUGGGGAAUUAUUUAAAGACCUCAUUAUACAUCACAGUGCACGUGUGUAUCUAUGUGGGAAUACAAAGCUGCCAAAAGCCGUCAGGGAAUCGAUUUCGAAUCUUAUAGGAAUCGAUCACAUGAAAAGGCUCGAAAGCGAGGGACGAUUCCAAAUUGAGUGUUGGUGA